CUGGUCAAUGAAAGUCCACGUCAUGCCAAGUUUUUGAUUCCGUUAGCCGGUCCAACCCACUGAGACCUAGCUCUCCUCCUUCCUCGUGCAUGUACGCCUCUUAUCCUUCCAACUAGUGCUGUCCUCAAGUCCGUGUAACACUUUCAACUCGAUCUCUUAUAGCUGGCAGAGAUUCAGCUCAACAGCAUACUUGUACAUACCCUGAGAACGGCAGACAACCCACCUCCCCUCCGCUUUGCUGAACAGCUCGCCCUCUCUCUCUCCUCCCUUCUCAACCAUAACCGGACUUGGAUCCGCGUGGGUCAUGCCAUCAUCACCCUCUGCCUCUUCGUCUCGAGCGUCAUCGCCUCUGUCUUCCGCCACUCCAUCUUCUGAGGCCCGUCAGGUCGACGCAGGUCCUUCCACCACCAUUGGAAGGGACAACAGGAGCCGGACUGAAUCAACAGACCCCUUACUCACGGAUGAUGACGAUGAGAGCGAAUUAACAGAGGAGGAAGAGGAAGAAGAAGUAGAUCAGGAGGAAGAGGAAGAGGAGGAGGCAGAGGAGGAAGAAGAAGAAGAGAUAGAAGAGGAGAAAAAGGUGGAAGUGACCCGUUCGCCCCAAAAAAUACAGGCCUUCGAGGAAAGUAGUGUGAAUGGAGAUGAGGAGCCAGUCAACAUCCCACUUCCAGCUCAUCGCAAUCGAAGGAUUGGAUCUCCGGCAUCUAUGCCCGAUCCCGUCAGUGAUCGCUCCCCGUCCCUCACCCCUCCUCCAGAUUCAGCACGCCUUAAACCCACCAAACUACCCCCAGCGAGCCCUAGUACACCUGGCACUCGCUCAUCUGCAAGAUUAAAGUCUCAUUCAACUUCGACCGUAGGAGAGGAAGCAGCGAUCAGCGAGCGUCCAAAGUCUCCUGAAAUUAUCCAAGUCGAUCGCGAUGACUCGGAACACGACAUCUUGGAAGAUGAUCAUGAAGACGAUAUUCAGUAUAGGUUGCAGACGAGCAAUGUCGAUGAGCAGAAGGAAGAUGCGGAGCUCGUAGAAGAUGAAGGGGACGUGACGAUGCGAGCUGGCGAUGCGCUGCUAGCACCAAGCGUGGUCGAUGAAGAUCUUUCUACGGGAGAAGGGGACGUUCCAGAUGAGAUUCACGAGGAGGAGGCUGUGGUUGAAGAUGGCGCCGUGGAGGCAGAAGAGGCAGCUGCAUCCGAUAUAAAUGGUGAUGCUGAGCAGGAAGAGUCGGCUACGCCGGCUUUACUAGCACCCAUACGACCUCAUUCAUCUCAUGCGCCACCUCCUCCACAGGCUGCCAUGCGGUCACUGCUCGAUCUUGAGCUCAAAUUCGCUGCCCUGAGAGACAAGCUGUACCUUGAGAGGAUGGAAGAGGCGGCUGCAGAGGAAGAGAUGCUCAUCAAUGGAACGCACCCCGCCCUCAGAUACAUUUACGAGACUUUGUCCGAUCGCCGAGUCAAGCUGCACGAGGUCGCUUCUAGGAGACACCAAGCUGUCGUGGAUGAGCUCAAACGAGUACGAGAGUCAGAAAAGCAACACGUGUGGACAUGGUGGACCGAACAACGAGACGCUAUACACUGGGAAGAGUUCGCAGAGACUUGGAGCAAGCGGAGACGUCUAGCAAGGGAGAAGACGGAGAUUGAGACGCCAAGGCAGCAACGGCCGAUACCGCGAGUGGGAGGGCCAAAAGUCAUCAAAGCAUUCGAUUGGUGUGCCGGAGCAAUGCCGACCAAGCUGGGUGCCGAAGAGGCUGUGAACGACCUGGCUAUCAUGGAGAAUCGACGCAUCAUUCACCCGGUCCGUAACACGAACGCUCAUGUUGUCGGAUCCUCACAGCACGCAUCAACUUCUACCGCUUACUGGAAUCAAGCUGCCCGAGUCACACCCUCCAUGAAUGCCACCCUCGAUCGUCCGCCAGUGACUGCCAGUACCGGUCCUUCUCAGCCUCGUCGAGAAGGCCGAACGGUCCCCACAGCCACGGAUCCGUUCGAUGGUGGUCCGAGGAAGCGUGAUAGAGUGGAGCAUGAAGGGGCGCCCUCAAACUCGAUUAACGCUUGGAAGGGCAAAUCAUCUGUGGACGCAGCUGCGACAGGCCGAUACGUUCCAAACGGGCAUUCCCAUUCUGUUGGAACGAAAGAUCCUUCUUCUGGGCCUGCACACGCGCUUAGUGGAGCCGCACCUCAAUUGGCGAAUGAACCCUCCACGACCAGUAGUGGAUUCGCCAAGCGCGAGACUGGAUGGACCGGUCUUGGUUUCCCGUCCCUAUCCAAUUACCUAGAACGGACAGGUCAGAAUGGCGGGCAAGGGGCAUCGCAGUCUGCCCAGACGGCUUCAACGGGCUCCACGACACGUAAAAUCGAGAUAGGGCCGACGUUUGGACUUUUUGCAUUCAAGCCAAAGGCGAACGCUGUGCUCAGUCCACCGAAAACCUCCACGUCGGUGCUUGGAGCUUGACGUAGGUCGGUCUUCCUUCUCCGGGCAGACCAGUGGCGUCCCCACCGGACUACAUGCUCGCGCGGCUGGAUCGUUCUGAUCGGAGUGACACUCAGUUGUGUUCUUCAGUCAAUGUGUUGAUUCUUUUCCGGGAUAAAGCAUGACCGAGACGUGCAGGAUGAGUUCCAUUGAUACCAUAAUUUUAGGUCAUUAUU